AUGAUCUGGUCACGGAGGCCCCUCCGUUCGACGACGGCGAGCAAGGGAAGAAACUCGACGGAUGAUCUUCGCGUUUCGUCGCGCAGAUGGCUCUUCAGGAGCAGAUGCCCCUGCCAUUGCGGCAAGGCCGUCGACGUCGAGGAGAGAACUAGAUACUCGAAAAGGGGAGAUGUUCCCGGCGGCGGAGAAGCUCCCGUGGAGAGGGGGAUGGGCUUCGCGUUGCAGGAGCUGGAGAAGAGGAACAUGGCGACGGUGCGCCUCCCGCUGGCGAUGUUCCUGCGACCCUUUUCUCUCCCAACCAGACGACGACCCAUCACCGCGGCGGGAGAAGUCCCCAACCUCAUCAGCCCGCCGGUCCACUCGCCGGACAUUGUUUUACAGCCCACCGAGGAGGCGCCGCAGCCGCCGAGCAUGGCGCCGGAGCUUCGGCAGCGGAUGGUGAGCGAGUUCCCCUCCGGCGACGCCGUGUCCCAGAACAGCGAUUCGAGCUCGGACCUGUUCGAGAUCAGGAGCUUCUCCGCGCAGAUGACGCCGCCGUGGUCGCCGAACGCGCCGCCUUGGGCAGCGGCGGAGGGACCUCGCGGAAUCGGCGGCGUCCGGCGGAGCGUCGCCAGGCCGUCCACGACCGUGACGGAGACGGCAGCCUUUAUUGGGCUCCACCUGUAA